AUGGAGAGUGCCACUAGAGCUGAGCUUUUCUGCAACCACACGGAUGCAUGGGACUGGGUUUACACCAUGCAGCCGGCCUACAUGUCCAUCAUCUGCUUUCUUGGAGUAAUUGGCAACUCCUUUGUGCUUUGCGUGAUCUGUCUCCAGAAGAAGCGCAGCUCUGUGGCUGACAUCUACCUGAGCAACCUGGCAUUAGCUGAUCUCCUCAUGGUUUCGUGUCUGCCAUUCUGGGUGGCAACCAUUAUUGACAAGUUCAACUGGAGGUUUGGGGAGCCAAUGUGCCAACUUAUCAAUAUUGUCAUUGGGAUGAAUUAUUAUUGCAGUAUGCUGUUCCUUACACUUGUGAGCGUGGACAGAUACCUGGCCCUCACCAGGCCGCUGUCCCAGGGGAGGGGGAGACGGGUUUUAUGGGCACGUGGGAUUUGCUUCAGUAUCUGGAUUGCUGGAAUCUUCCUCAGCUUCCCUGCUAUCCUCUUCCGCUCUGUGCAGUUCUUCCCUCAUUUGGGCAUUGAAGCAUGCUACCUAGCAUACCCCCAUGAGGGCUGGAGACUGCGCUACAACAUGACUGUCAGCAUAGUAGGCUUCCUUGUCCCUGUUCCUAUUGCAUCAUUCUGUAGUUACCAUAUCACUAAAGUCAUUCGGAGCAGUCAGAAGAUGAGAAAAUGCAGCAGAGGAAGCGUGGAGAGGAAAGCAACAUACCUCAUCCUUGUUGUUCUGGCUGUGUUUAUUCUCUGCUGGCUGCCCUACCAGAUUCUGAUCUUCUUGGACACUUUGGAUCAUUAUGAAGUCAUCUCUGGAUGUACGUGGGCAUAUGUGCUGGACAUUGGCAACCAGUUAGCUACUUACCUUGGCUACAGUAACAGCUCGUUGAAUCCUUUCCUUUAUGUGAUUGUGGGGAACCACUUCAAGCAGAGAGCAAGGGAAGUGUUUAGACUAGUGCUGUUCAGGGAGAAACGGCAGUGGGGGAAGUCUAGUCAUUCAAAUGCCAAUCACAUUAACUAA